AGGAGGGAAGGAAAGGAGAGGAGCGGGGGAGGAGACGAACGGGACGCAGCCGCAGUCACCGCCGCUGUUUGUCAUUUCUCCAUCAACACUGUCUCCGUUAUUCGUUCCCUCCACCGGAGCAGCAGCAGCAGCAGCAGCAGCCUGUGGAGUAUCCGUCCGAUUGACCGGGAGUAAGAAGAGAGGGACCAUGAGUGUGGAGGCGUACGGGCCGAGCUCCCAGACCCUGACGUUCCUGGACACGGAGGAAGCGGAGCUGCUGGGAGCGGACACCCAGGGCUCCGAGUACGACUUCACCGAUUUCACCCUGCCGAGCCAGACCCAGACCCAAGGCCAGACCCAGAGUCAGCUCGACGGACAGGUUAACGGUCCUGACGGGGUCCUGCAGAAUGGAGACGACCCUGUGGUGAAAGCCAGUCAGCUGCUGGCAGAGCUGAACUUUGAGGAAGAUGAGGAGGAUACCUACUACACCAAGGACCUUCCUGUUCAUGCCUGCAGUUACUGUGGGAUUCAUGAUCCAGCCUGUGUGGUUUACUGCAACACCAGCAAGAAGUGGUUUUGUAAUGGUCGUGGAAACACAUCCGGCAGCCACAUUGUAAACCACCUGGUGAGAGCAAAGUCCAAGGAGGUGACCCUGCAUAAAGAUGGACCUCUAGGGGAAACGGUACUGGAGUGUUACAACUGUGGCUGUCGCAACGUCUUCCUGCUGGGCUUCAUCCCCGCCAAGGCUGAUUCAGUAGUGGUGUUGCUGUGCAGGCAGCCAUGUGCCAGCCAGAGCAGCCUGAAAGACAUCAACUGGGACAGCUCACAGUGGCAGCCUCUCAUCCAGGACCGCUGCUUCCUGUCCUGGCUCGUCAAAAUCCCCUCAGAGCAGGAGCAGCUCAGGGCUCGUCAGAUCACCGCCCAGCAGAUCAACAAGCUGGAGGAACUCUGGAAGGAAAAUCCCACGGCGACCCUGGAGGACCUGGAGAAGCCCGGUGUGGACGAGGAGCCGCAGCACGUGCUGCUCCGCUAUGAGGAUGCUUAUCAAUACCAGAACAUCUUUGGCCCUCUAGUGAAGCUGGAAGCUGACUACGACAAGAAACUCAAAGAGUCCCAGACUCAAGACAACAUUACAGUCAGAUGGGACUUGGGACUGAAUAAAAAGAGAAUUGCAUAUUUCACUCUUCCCAAGACAGACUCAGAUAUGCGACUGAUGCAGGGAGAUGAAAUUUGCCUGAGGUACAAAGGAGAUCUGGCUCCUCCAUGGAAAGGCAUUGGACACGUCAUCAAAGUCCCUGAUAACUAUGGUGACGAGAUCGCCAUUGAGUUAAGAAGCAGUGCCGGGGCUCCUGUGGAGAUCCCACACAACUUCCAGGUCGACUUUGUGUGGAAGUCAACUUCCUUUGACAGGAUGCAGAGUGCCCUGAAGACGUUUGCUGUGGAUGAGACUUCAGUGUCUGGUUACAUCUACCACAAACUGCUGGGACACGAGGUAGAAGAUGUGGUCAUCAAGUGUCAGCUGCCCAAACGCUUCACCGCUCAAGGCCUGCCUGAUCUCAACCACUCCCAGGUGUAUGCUGUGAAGACAGUGCUGCAGCGCCCCCUCAGUCUGAUCCAGGGACCUCCCGGCACAGGGAAGACAGUAACCUCUGCCACCAUUGUCUACCACCUGGCUAGACAGGGUAACGGGCCAGUGCUAGUAUGUGCUCCCAGUAACAUUGCUGUUGACCAGCUGACAGAGAAGAUCCACCAGACAGGACUCAAGGUGGUGAGGCUGUGUGCCAAGAGCAGAGAAGCCAUUGACUCGCCUGUCUCCUUCCUGGCUUUGCACAACCAGACCCGCAACAUGGACAGUAUGCCAGAGCUUCAGAAGCUGCAACAGCUGAAGGACGAAACUGGUGAGCUGUCAUCCUCAGACGAAAAGCGCUACCGAGCUCUGAGACGUACCGCGGAGAGGGAGCUGCUUAUGAAUGCUGAUGUGAUUUGUUGUACCUGCGUUGGGGCGGGGGAUCCUCGUCUGGCUAAGAUGCAGUUCCGCUCAAUCCUGAUUGAUGAGAGCACCCAGGCCACUGAACCAGAAUGCAUGGUGCCUGUCGUCCUGGGGGCCAAGCAGUUGAUUUUGGUGGGGGAUCACUGCCAGCUGGGUCCUGUGGUGAUGUGUAAGAAGGCAGCUAAAGCAGGUCUGUCCCAGUCUCUGUUUGAGCGUCUGGUAGUUCUGGGGAUCCGACCAAUUCGUCUGCAGGUCCAGUACCGCAUGCACCCAGCCCUCAGCGCCUUCCCCUCGAACAUCUUCUAUGAAGGCUCUCUGCAGAACGGAGUCACUGCUGCGGACCGUGUGAAGAAAGGCUUUGACUUUCAGUGGCCGCAGCCUGACAAGCCGAUGUUCUUUUACGUCACACAAGGCCAAGAGGAGAUUGCCAGCUCUGGAACAUCAUAUCUGAACAGGACGGAGGCAGCCAACGUGGAGAAAAUUACCACGAGGUUGCUGAAGGCUGGAGCAAAACCUGAUCAGAUUGGCAUCAUUACUCCGUAUGAGGGCCAGAGGUCCUACCUGGUCCAAUACAUGCAGUUCAGUGGCUCCCUCCAUACCAAGCUCUAUCAGGAGGUGGAGAUAGCCAGUGUGGACGCGUUUCAAGGCAGAGAGAAAGACUUCAUCAUCCUGUCCUGUGUGAGGGCCAAUGAGCACCAAGGCAUUGGCUUCCUUAAUGAUCCCAGACGUCUAAAUGUGGCACUCACCAGAGCCAGGUAUGGUGUGAUCAUUGUGGGAAACCCUAAGGCCCUGUCCAAGCAGCCCCUGUGGAACCACCUGCUGAACUACUACAAGGAGCAGAAGGUCCUGGUGGAAGGCCCCCUCAACAACCUGAGGGAGAGCCUCAUGCAGUUCAGCAAGCCACGAAAGCUGGUCAACACCAUCAACCCUGGGGGUCGAUUUAUGAGCACAGCCAUGUAUGAUGCCAGGGAGGCCCUCAUUCCUGGAUCUGUUUAUGACCGCAGCAGCAAUGGACGCAUGUCCAACAUGUAUUUUCAGACCCAUGACCAGAUCGGUAUGAUUGGCACAGGCUCCAAUCCCAUGACCUCAAUGAACAUCCCUAUCCCCUUCAACCUGGUGAUGCCCCCUAUACCUCCCUCUGGAUACAUGGGGCAGGCCAAUGGGCCCACGGGAGGUCGUGGUGGAGGUAUGAAGGGGAGGGCAGGCAGUGGAGGUGGAGGCGGGACUCGAGGUGGCCGUCAAAGAAACCGUGGCAACAUGGGAAACCACGGUGGAGGGAAUGGAGGAACGGACCGUGGGCAUGGAGGACAUAUGAGCGGCAGCCAGGCCAGUCAGGACCUGGGCUCCCAGUCCUUCUCCCAGGGUCCUCUGACGCAGGGCUACAUCAACAUGAGCCAGCCGUCACAGAUGAGUCAGCCCGGGCUCUCACAGCCUGAACUCUCCCAGGACAGUUACCUAGGAGACGAGUUCAAGUCCCAGAUUGAUGUGGCUCUGUCCCAGGACUCCACCUACCAGGGGGAGCGGGCCUACCAACACGGUGGUGUGACUGGACUGUCCCAGUACUAGACUGUUGCUGGAAAGGAGCUAGGCCUGUGUGAAGCUUAGUUCAUCGGUAUUUUAAUCUGGGUAAUAACAAAAAAGAACAAACAUGGAUACCCGUUUUCCACUGCUACAACCGAAGCACCACUGUGUGAAAGUAACAGGAGAGAGACCGUGAGAAACCAACCAAUCACAAGAGUGAGAGCAAAAAACAUGGGAGUAGAGCUGGACAGGAAGAGAGCAAGAGACCAGAGCGGGAGGCAGGUGGAGGAGAGAAGACACUGCUGCUCACGUGCGAAGACAUGGCGAGGGAGAAAAGCUUGUCGUCGUUGGAGCAGCACAGUUGGAGAGGCGAGACCUUGGACAGGCCAAGGAGGGACGGAAGGUCCGAUCAAUGCUGGAGAGGGGAGAAGGACAACUGUGUCAUCUUGUCCCUCUUGUGCCCCUGAACCCUCUGGCGUCUCCGGGCGGUGUGGUUGGGAUUCUUGCUCCAGAAGCUGAGAAAGAUGGAGAAGAAGAGGUGUCUCACACAAAAGUUCUCCAAGCUAACCCAACAGGAUGUCCUCUGUGACUUGGAGAGAAAAAAGGGGGACACAACUCUUGAAGCAGUUGACAUGGCAACUUUUUUAAACUCAAAGCUUGAAUCGAGGCUCUGCAUUUGAUCACAUCUAAGCAUCCAGGAGAGACGAGUGUCAAAACGCUGUUUGGCUGUAGGAGUGAACUCUAAAGCGCUCGUGGUGUUGUGCCUCAAAGAGCUGGAAUGAUUAUUUGAGGAUUACACAGCAGCCGUGGAUCGUUCGCUUUACUUUCUCAGCUUUGAGUUGGAAAGUUUUCUAAAUACAAGCUGUUUUCAUUGAGGUUUUUCAGUGACGUAAGCUAUUGUCGUCGGCCGUCUUACAAGGCAGGUCUUUCUCGAGGUGGUCUGUAAAGAACAUGUGGUGGAAUUAGCUCUUAAAAAAUGUAAACGCAAAAAAAACAAACAUCUUUGUCUCCAGAUCUGAGGACGUCGAUGAGUCCAAAGAUCUGCAGAGAGGGAGACAAUGUUGUUUUUGUUCUUCUAAAUGUUUCUUUAUUGUAGUGCAAGAGAGUGAAAAGCACCAUAACCAGCUUAUAAGAGAAUGAAGCAGUCAGUCUCCCUGAAACCAGCAGGUAGGGAUCAUCUUGAGCAAUUUCACGGCAGCUAAAAGCAUCAAAAAAGCCAGAUCAAGAGGGAGGUACUCCCCAAACACCUUUGCCCUAAAACAUGCUCACAAUUAACUAUUAUAUGUGCAAUUAAAGAAGCUAAUUAUUUCAGUGACAAGAGAAACAAGAGAACUUUUAUAUAGGAGAAAUCAUGAGCUUGUGUUUUCACGCCUAUAGUGGAGUCUCUCUACGACUCCUCACUACUAAGACUUGUGAAAACUUCUAAGCCCCCAUCUGAGAACAAAGUGUCAAAGAGAAACUUGGAUUUUGGUGAAGGAUAUUUUGAGAUGUAUUUUAACUGAUAACAUUAUAUAAGUUAUAUGUUGUCCACACACUGUAAAAUCUGUCUUGAAGACAUCUUUAAAUUAAGCAAUGAUGACCUAUGUGUAAUGUAUAUGUAGGUUGGACCUAGUCCAGAGAAUGACUCGUGUUUUCGUGUUUGUUAGUUUGUUGUCCUGAAGUUUUGAGCUCAUAGAAGAGUGAAAGAGUUACAAAGAGCAGGUCAUGUGAAGAACAGUUAGUUUAGUAAACAUUAGUGUCUUUAGUUUCAGCUCUAUGUUUGUGUUUCACUUGCUCUAGAUAGACACGUGAAGUUUUCAUGUAGCUUGUAUUUAAUCAGUAGCUCUAAAUUUGACUAUGUAAAGCCUUUGCUUUUCUGGUGAUCUAAAGGGCUUUUAUUUGCACAUCAUGAAAGUGUGUGACACUAACACCACCUCACUGUCAGUGCAGCUGUUUGUCAUGAACGAUUCUACAAUGACCCAUCACGGUUGUUUCAUCUGUGGGUUGCAGAGAGAACCUAAGCUCCUCCUCAGGCUGCAAUAUAGACAGAAGGCAACCACGACGAUCUGAAUACGUUUCUGCAAACAAGUCACUUUUAAGUUAUUUUAAUUUAUUUAAUUUGAUUGUUUUUUAAUAAUAUGUUUGUAACAAACUCAGGUCAGUUUGUUUCCAAUGUGCAAUGAUGAUACAUCCCCUUCCUGUACAGAAAAAACGAUUCAUAUGUAAACCCCCCCGCCCCCCCCUUAUCUGUGGAGCUGUAGAUCAUCUAUUUACUCUGGUACAUGGAUGAGAUAACUAUCAGUAUCUGCCUUUAAGAUGUCAUGCAUCACAUCUGCCUGUGACCACCUCAUCCUUCAUUAACACAUAUUUCUGCAUGUACUGUGACUCGAGGGAAACUCUUUGAGUCUCUGCUAUUCAGAUUUUCUUUGCCCUGAUAAUUUUGGCUUAUUGAUUUGGCCUGAACUGUAAAUGAAGACGUUUUGUGUUGGCCACAUGGCCGAACCUGUCCGCCCACUAAUUUAUGUUUCUAGUAAGAAAAUAUUACUCAAAAAAAAAAUUCUCCUGUGGAUAAUGUUGGGAAAUUAAAGUUUGCUUCUUUUUGCGUGUU